AUGGAAAAAGAUAGUCAAUUCAAAGGAUUUGAACCAAUCCAUACAAUAUUUUAUACAAUAUUUCAUCCAACAGAAGGUUCGAAGGUGUGUUAUGAAUUUCCACCGAAUAAUUUACAAAAUUCUAAUAUUAAUUUCGAUUCACUUAAAAAUUAUAUUAUACCAAAACCACAAUUGUGUCACAGACUAUUAACAUUAAAGUAUGCAAAUUACAGAAUUGUUUCAUACCCAGUGGCCAUCAAUAAUUCACUUUAUGCAAGAAACUAUUUUAGGUUUAAUCUUGUCUUUGUUUUCCAAUAUGAUUGUCAAACUUCACCAUAUGAAUCCGCCAUUAUGAGAUUGGGGAAAAUGUUUAGAUCGCUUGAAGAACAAAGACAAAUAUUAUCCAGAUCUGAACAUGAUCCUGCAUUGUUUAAAAAUGAUAGCAAUUUUAACUGCAAUAACAAUAAUAACAUCCACACCAAUCACAGCAAUAUCAAUAACUCUGAUGAAAAAUUAUUGUCUAUGCCCGAUUUAUUAAUGAGAAUAUAUCAAGAUUUAAACAAUUAUUCUGAAUGUUUGAUACCAAUAAAUCAAGGUCAUGCCAUCGACUUGAAGAUAUUCCCUCUUUUAAAGACACCCAAAGCUGCGAAUUUAUCUGUUGAAGAUGUACCAAUGUUAAUAGUUAACCUAGCCAAGAUUAUUGAUUUGAAUUGGGAUCCUACUAUGAUUUCAAUAAUACCGUAUAUUACAGGCUUGAAUAGUAUUUUUACCAUUUCGAAAUUGAGUAAUUGUGACCCAGGUCUUGUUAUAGAAUGUAUUAAACAUUUAAUAUAUUAUAAGUGUGUUAUCAUCAUCGAUAUCUUUCAAUUUAGUAACAUUUAUGCACCAACAAGUCUGAUUAAUACAUUCUUAACAGAUCCUACAAUGGCCACAGAGUGUAGAAAUUAUGUCACCUUACCAAGAGACUCCCUUUUACAUCAAUUACCAUUUAAAAAUGAUAAAGAUGAAACUGGCCCUAUCAAAUUACAUAAAAAAACACAAUCUAUAUCUUCCUCUGUCAAGUCUUCAUUAUUUAAGACACAGAAAAAUUUACAUGAUGACGAUGAAUCUACUUAUUCAUCCAUGAUUUAUUCAAAUAUGGGUAAAAUGAGAUCAACUAGCACAAUAUCAAGUAGUGACGUUGGAACAUUUAGAUCUAGUUCCAAAUUCGAUUCAAAUGGAAAAUAUAUUUGUGUUUCCAAAUCUAUUUUAUUUGAUUUAUAUUGUUCUCUAUCUCAUAAUACUACAUUAUCUACUUGGUAUGAGACGAAUUAUGAGAUUAUCCAUAGUAAUUUUAUUGAUAUAAGGAAGUUUAUUCAUUUUGGUAUAAUUAAAAAAAUUAUUUAUAGAAUUCAAUCCUAUCCAGUCAUGGGGAAAAGAGAUAUUAUAUUUAAUCAAGACAAUAGAGACAAUGAUAUGGGUUGGAAUGUUCAUGAUCAUGAAAAUGAAUCGAAUAAUAAAAUUAAAGAAGCACAAGUAUUUCUAUCAACAUCUGAUAUAAAAUUUGAUAUGGGAGAUAAAAUACUGAAUUCUAUAUAUAAAAAAUUGUCCAAAGUUUCUUUCCAAAAAUCCAAUACCAAUUAUAAUAUCGAUAAGACUCUAAAUCAGAAGAAUACUUCAAAUAGUAGCACUAAUGAAUCUUUGACAUUGAACAAAGAAGAAAGGUUAUUGCUACUCAAAUCAUUGGAAAAUAUCGAAUCAUUUGAUAAAAUUUGUACAAAAUUAGGGAAGUCAAGACACACUAUAGAACAGAUUCUUCAUGAUAUUGGAGACUAUAGGGUUGUAAAUUGUUGA